AUGCUAACUCACGCCACACAUACACAGAAGCAUUCUAUCACGCAACCACCCGAUGCUAACUCACGCCACACAUACACAGAAGCAUUCUAUCACCAACGCAACCACCCGAUGCUAACUCACGCCACACAUACACAGAAGCAUUCUAUCACGCAACCACCCGAUGCUAACUCACGCCACACAUACACAGAAGCAUCUAUCACGCAACCACCCGAUGCUAACUCACGCCACACAUACACAGAACAUUCUAUCACGCAACCCACCGAUGCUAACUCACGCCACACAUACAACAGAACAUUCUAUCACGCAACCACCCAUAAAACUCACGCCACACAUACACAGAAGCAUUCUAUCACGCAACCACCGUGCUACUCACGCCACCAUACACAAAACAUUCUAUACGCAACCACCCGACUAUAG